AUGUACCAGGAUGCACUCACCCCAGCCAGUCAGCCAUCAUUGUUUACAUUUGUUUUUACGCCGCACAAGUCGCAUGAACGGUCAAGUUGUACCCGAAUUCUUUUUCACAUUAACAUCAUGUCGGUCAAAAUUGAAAAGAAGGAAGGUGUGACGUGUGUUUCUUGGACAUUGGAUCUUUAUGUAAAGUCUGUUAAUAAAAGCGUUACCUUUCAAGCAGAAAGUUUCCCAGUUCAUCUGGGCUUUCCUUCCUUUGAAAUUUCUUGGAUGGUCAAAAAUUUACCCGAAUGGGAACGAAGAGGAUUUCAUCCGCAGCACUCGCAAGAAAUCCAAUUCUGUUUUAAGAAGGUUGAUGGAGGUAGAACAACUAAUGUUUCCAAAGGGGACAUCAUUUCGAAUCAUUACCUUCAACCUCAGGCUGUUUGGGUCACAGUUGACGGGGGUCAAUUUCAAGAAAACUCCAAGAAGAUCGCAAAAAUUAUUUUGAGAAAAGGUCAAUGUGACUCUGAAAAUGUAAGAAUUUUUGGGUGCUGGUUAUCAGGACAAGUCUUGUUUACACCCCAAGCCAAAGAACGAUUUACCUUAAACUUUUUUCUUCAAUUCGAGAAUGUUUAUCUAAGUCAGAUGGAUUCCAUCAUUGGACUUACAACAAACUACUUGUUUCUUCAGCAAACAAAUUGCGAUGUGCAAUUUAAUUUCCUCCUCACUUCCGAACAAAUCGGUGCCCACAAGAGCAUCCUGUCAGCGAGAAGUUCUGUAUUUGCAGCCAUGUUCCGUCACGACAUGCAAGAGUCAAACACUGGUCAAGUCGCCAUUGAUGAAAUCGAAAGAAACGUCUUCUACCAGCUGCUUCACUUUAUUUACUCGGGCCGAACGAGUGUUCCAUUGACUGAAACCACCGCCCAGCAACUGUUAAUAGCUGCCGACAAGUACAACGUCAAAGACCUGAAGAAUGAGUGCGCCCGUUUCCUAUUACCUUACGUGAAUGAAACUACUGCUCCAAUUAUGUUUGAGAUGGCUGUCACAUUUAAUCUCGAGAAUUUAAAGGAGGAAUGCGAAAAUGUUCUUCUCAAUGACAUCCAAAUGAGCAACGUCAUUGACUUCAUUAUCUGGGCAAGUUUGAAGUCGGUCAAGAAAGUCAAGGAAGCGGCUCUUAGCUUUGCCAGACUUAACAGUAAAACCCUCUUCUAUACUGCUGAUUACGAGAAAAUGAUGCGUGAGUAUCCUGAAAUCUGUUUGGAGGCGACUCGUCGCAUGGCACCAUAACACGUUAAUAACCACCCCGCUUUUGUGUUAUAACUGACAGGAGAUUUGUUUUUUUUGUUUUUGUUCAAUCAGUGUUCUGUAUUUUCAUAUGGUGUUUGUGAUGUAUGGAAUCUGAGUUUAUGGAUGGGCAACGUAACGUUUGUCACUAUUCUUUAAAGACACAUUUUGUUUGGUUUUUAAGCCAGAAGAAAGAAUCAAGGAAAGAAUAAAAAACUAAAAAACAUAAA